AUGUUUCCUUAUGGCUGGGCUAUCAUUCAAAGAAGAAACAAUGAGGAACGGCAACGGGCUGCGAGAAGGAUAGCGCAUCGCCAUAUUCGGGACCAUUCCAACCCUUUCGAUCUGCCUGCAAAGAUUGAAAUUAUUCAUUUCAAUGCCACUUUUUCUGGAUCAACACAUGAUGCAGCGGUCUGGCAAGGAUCCAGUUUGAGCCAAUUAUUGGAAACCAAUUAUGUUAACGGAGUUUCAGCUGGUGAAUGGCUUCUAGGAGACUCUGGAUAUGCCCAACUGCCUUGGCUGAUGACCCCGUAUGCUGAUGCGGAUGAAAAUACACCUGAGGCUAGAUAUAAUUUAGCGCAUACCAAAACGAGGGUCCUUAUUGAAAAAUGUUUUGGAGUGAUGAAAACAAGAUUUAGAUGCAUUCACAAGCACAGGACGUUGCAUCAUGACCCCGUGAAGGCAUCUAAAAUAAUAGCAGCUGUAGUUGUUCUCCAUAACGUGGCAAUUAAGAGAAAUGAACCUUUACCAGAUGAAUUGGAACUCGAAGACAGAUUGCGGCCAGCAGAUGAUCCUCCCAAGGAUAUGAAUUUUUUGAAUGUGGCAAGAAAUAUUCGAAAUAACAUCACAAGACAAUACUUUGCAUGA